AUGGGCACUUUCCUGGGCAGACUCUGCCCUCGUCCCCUACCCUGGGACCUGGGGGGCCAGCUCGGUGCUCGCCUCGCCCACCAGUUGGUCCGCCAGCGGCACCCACAGGUCCCCGCGCCCCCAUCUACUCCAAGGCCAUCCCGCACUCAGUGUCUGCCUCUUGGGCAGCCACGCCGCGCUGCAGCAUUCCUGCGGCUGUGUUUCAGCAUCCAGUGGGCCCUGUGCGUCUCCCUGCGCCUCCUUACCUCCUUCUGCCGGCGUUGCCGUCAACAGCGGGCCCCUGGACAGAGCAGGCCAGAGAUGCCUGAACCGGAGGGAGAGCCCAGAGCCCCGGAGGGGCAGGUCGAUGAGGGAAGGGGCCAUGAAGACGAAGACGGAUGCCCGCAGAAACCCCAGGCCUGCGUGAGGAGCUCCUGCCGCGGAACGGACGCCAUCACCAGCUCCUACAGCUCCACUCGAGGUUUCCCUCCAGUGGAGAGGAGGAGGCGUGCGGCCAGCUGCCGCGCCAGGCCAUCCCCCGGGCCGUCCGAGACGGUGAGGCAGCAGGCGCCUGAGGCUCCCCCCUCAAGUGGGCAGAGGUCCCUCAGGAAGAGCCAGCCUGACCAGGGCCCAGGGGACAGGCGCGGGCAGGACCCUCCCCCAUCCCCGCGGAACCGCUCGCCUGCCCGUGACAGGCCUCGAAGGCGCAGGUUUCCUCUGCUGCCACGCCGGCGAGGGGAACCUCUGAGGCUGCCACCAGCUCCCCAGCCGGGCUACAGGGUCACGGCCGAAGACGUGGAGGCAGAGAGGCGAGCGCUGUGGCAGCGCAUCAGCCGUGCUCUGUGGGCCCACGGGGAGGCCUCCUCGGCCUGUGGCGCUCCAGAGCCUCGGCGGCCUCCCCCGCAGCCUGUGCCCAGGACCGCUCCUGCCACUGUUUCAAGCAGCCCCUCACCCACCAGCCUGCCAGGCGCCUGCGCAGUGAGUGCCGGCCCCUCAGCCUGCCCCUCGCCCAGGGGCAUGGCUCCCAGGCCCGUUUCGAACACGGAGGUCACCCCCAUGGACACCUCCCCACCUGACUCCACUCCAGUAUCGGGGGCUCCCCGUGACCCCAGAGGUGGAACAAAGGCAGCUCCCACCCCUGCCCAGGCCCCAGCCUCUGCUCCGGGCCUGUCAGCCCUGGGCACCAUCACGCCGGCCACCUCGGGCACCCAGACCAGCACCAGGCCGGCCUUGGCUGCCACGGGUCCCUCUGGCGCAGGCACUCAAGGCUCUGGGGGCAGCUUGGGCCGGAACGGCCGGAAGCGCACUCGCCAGGGCAGCCUCCUGGCGCACACCGGCCCCAGUGCUCCGCAGAACCCUGUGCUUGGUGGCAGCACUGCCUUCGCCUUAACGCCCAUCCUCAGCGGGGGACCCAAGCAUGGCUCCCAUCCUUCCGGCGGGGGCCUCGGCACUGGCACCAGCAAUGCAGCCUCUAGCGGGGUGUCUGUCCCGGCCUUCACCCCCCAUCUACCCUGCCCCCGCUGCGGGCACAGCGUGGACUGGUAG